CCUAGGGGGCGGGUGCCGAGGGGGUUAUUUUUGGAAAAGUGGGGAUUGUCCCGAAAGUGCGGGCCGUUACUCUGCAGAAGGGCGGUGGCUCUACCGAGGGUCGCCGCCGUGGUGUGGUGGAAGAAACUUGGCGGGCUAGUGGGCGUCGGGACUGUGGGUGUGGGUCCUGGAGGGGUCUGGGGCAGCUUCCCAGAGUGGGGAGGAGCCUGGAGCCUUUUGGCGGAGACAGGAAGGGAGGCCUAGACUGGUUGAGAAGCGGUCCUUGGGGGCUUUGUUGCGCUGCGGAGGCCUCCUCGAGUUUCUUGCUUACAAGGGAGAAAAUCCGGGGACCGUUUUGGGCAGACAAAGCUGCCGCAGGAAAGCUGAAAUUGAUGUAAAUGUGGUCAUGCUUCAGGAAUCCCAAGUUUGUGAAAAGUGUGCCAGCCAACAAUUCUGUUACAAAAAUGUGCUUAUCCCAAAAUGGCAUGAUAUAUGGACACGGAUACAGAUCCGAGUAAAUAGUUCCAAAUUGGUUCGAGUCAUCCAGGUGGAGAAUGAGGAGAAACUGAAGGAGCUAGAGCAGUUUAGUAUCUGGAACUUUUUUUCCUCCUUUUUAAAAGAGAAAUUGAAUGACACCUAUGUUAACGUGGGUCUAUACAGCACAAAAACCUGCCUCAAAGUUGAGAUUAUAGAGAAGGACACCAAGUACAGUGUCAUUGUGAUCCGGAGAUUUGAUCCCAAACUCUUUCUUAUUUUCCUUCUUGGACUUAUGCUAUUUUUUUGUGGAGACUUGCUAAGCAGAAGUCCAAUUUUUUACUACUCCACCGGGAUGAGUGUGGGAAUUGUGGCCUCUCUACUAAUCAUCAUUUUUAUACUAUCUAAGUUUAUGCCUAAGAAAAGUCCCAUUUACGUCAUCCUGGUGGGAGGCUGGUCUUUUUCUCUGUACCUCAUUCAACUAGUUUUUAAAAAUUUACAAGAGAUCUGGAGGUGGUACUGGCAGUAUCUUUUAAGCUAUGUCCUCACAGUUGGAUUCAUGAGUUUUGCAGUGUGUUACAAGUAUGGGCCCUUAGAGAAUGAACGAAGUAUCAACCUGCUGACCUGGACCUUGCAGCUGUUGGGCCUGUGUUUCAUGUAUUCUGGCAUCCAGAUACCACAUAUUGCCCUUGCCAUUAUCAUCAUUGCUCUGUGUACUAAGAACCUGGAAUACCCUAUUCAGUGGCUGUACAUCACCUACAGAAAGAUGUGUAAGGCAGCAGAAAAGCCUGUCCCCCCUCGUCUCCUGACAGAAGAAGAAUAUCGGAUACAAGGAGAGGUAGAAACCCGAAAGGCUUUAGAGGAGCUCCGAGAAUUUUGUAACAGUCCAGACUGCUCUGCUUGGAAGACUGUUUCUCGAAUACAGUCUCCAAAAAGAUUUGCUGACUUUGUGGAAGGCUCUUCCCACCUUACACCAAAUGAAGUUUCGGUCCAUGAGCAGGAGUAUGGAUUAGGGAGCAUUAUUGCCCAGGAUGAAAUCUAUGAGGAAGCAUCCUCUGAGGAGGAAGACUCAUAUUCUUGGUGUCCUGCUAUCACACACAACAACUUUCUAACCUAGGUGGUGGUCAGUUCUCUUUAUGUGGAGUGAUUUGGUGCCUUGGUCCAUGUUGCAUGUGUUGUGCAAUUGCUUUCAACCCUUUGAAACAGAGUAAGAUAGUGUAGACAUUCUCCCACUGAAAUGAGGCCUAUAAAGGCCUCCCUUUGGAAAUGGGAGGUCUCUACAGGAUCCCUGAGGAAGGAGAGUAGAUGAAGUAGUGAAUGCUGUGGAAGUUCACUUCCCAUUGAUUAAGCUAACAGUCCACUUUUAUGUUCCCAAAGAAGUUGGAUGGCCACAGCUAGCAUGGAAUUUUAGCUCCUUUUUGAAAGUUGAUUCAGUCAUGGCAUUUCUGUCACUGGGUGGCUCUCCAAAGUAAGAACUGUUGUUAAGUACGGGAAUGCUUUUAGACUAUAGUCUGCAUCUUCCAGAGAGAAAUUCACAAAUCUGAGCGUCCUUCACUUAGGCUUUUAUUUCAGUGACUUGAGAAUAAUUAUUGAUUUAACUGUUUUGGGAGGAAAAUAGAUUUUUAUUUUUUGUUUUUUAAGUGAAUGUCUUUUAAAAAAAUGUAACAAACUCACGUUCCAGAACCAGCAAGUACACCAGAGUGGCAAACCCCUUGGGCCCCUACGUAUUUAUUAAUAUGGAUUAUCCAUUAAAGCCCCAGGAGCUGUUGUUUUAAGCUUUGAAUUAGUUCUCAUACAUAUGAUAUAAAGUCCUAUUUGCCUUUAGGAACAUGCCUGUAGCUCUUCUGCAGGUGAGGUAUGUUGGGCUUCUUAUUAUAUUCAACUUUGAAUUUCAUCUUAAAAAACAUUCUUACCUUCUCAUUCUUUAUUGCCCUGCUUUUGCCCUGUUGGGAAGCAUCAAAUGCCUUACCUGUGAACUAUGUAUGUUCAGAGUAGCAUUAUUCCUGCUAACUAGGAGAAGUUAUCAUUUUUAGGCGAUUUGGAUGCCUUUUAUAAGUUCUCCAUUUUUUCAGUCAUUGAGUCAUGUAUCUUUGAGUUGCUGUAAAAUCAAGAAACUGCCUCCUUUUCCUUUCCCUUCCUUCAUGUACAUGUUCUAUCCAUUCCUUUUAGCCUUUCCUCACUACCCACAUUACUCCAAAUCUGGCUAAUUUGUAAGCCCUGAAACUAUGUAGUUUCCUGAUACAAAAUUUGUGUUAUGCAGCAGCCACAAUUUGCAUCAUCAGGAAAUAGAUUCCAGAUUAUCUUCAUGCCUCUGGGUGCUCAUUCAGUUGUCAGGUUUCCAUGAACUUUACACUUAUUUGUAAUUAUGUUUCUGAUGUGAGAUUUAUGCUGCCUGUUACUGCAGUAGCAUUAGUUGUAGAUUAUUUUGCCAUUGCAAAGUACCCCUUGUAAGCCAGCAAUGCCAUCUAUGAGGAAGCA